GGAAGGAAGGGAGAAUAGGUGCGCGUAGGAGCAGUUAUGUGUUUGGUGGGGUCCGCGUGAGCAGCAAUAUCUUUGGGGUUGUGUGGAUAUAGUUGCAGCUUUUUCUCCAGGUAGAAAUGGGACGUUUACAUUAUGCCUGUGUUCUGGCUUGCACUUUUUUCGUUUCUCAAGCCAAUGGACUCAAAACUUACCGAGACAUGUUCCCUCAUAAGCAUUCAGUAUCGAUGAAGUUUCCACCGAUCCCCGGUUGGAACCCAGACAGUAACCCAUGGGAUGACUAUCUUUACCCACCCUUCAGUCCCAAGGAACUAACGCGGAGGAAAGGUCAGCCCAUCAAAGUUCGCCUGACCAGUGACAGUCCUGCGAUCAUUGGCUCUAUGGUGUCAUUUACGGCCAAGCUAGACUACCCACCUUGUCAGAAGGAGGAUGCCAAUGGGGAGCUGGUGUGGGAUGAGCAUUGUCCGGAUGGUGUGGAGCUGGAGGCCUCAGCUAACGGUCAGCUGAAGCAUGGCUAUGUGUUUAACUGGACGUCCUGGCUGGAUGACUACGGCUUUGGAAAGUGUACUGACCUGAAGAGAUGUAACGUCUUCCCAGACGGGAAACCCUUCCCUCAGAGCAACGACUGGAGACACAAGAGCUACGUCUACGUAUGGCACUCCAUGGGUCAGUACUCUGAGACGUGCGAUGGCUCCUCUUCCACCCUGACAGUGAACACCAGUGACAUCACUCUGGGGCCGGAGCUGAUAGAAGUCAUGGUGUACAGGAAACGUGAGCGCAGGAAGUACAGCCCCCUGGCCACAGACAAGACCGUCUUCUUCGUCACAGACAAGAUCCCAGUGGCGGUGAAUAUUUCCCAGAAGGCAGCAUCCAACCUGUCAGCGAGCGUGUUUGUGCGUGGCGAGGACGUGGUGUUCAGUGUGUCUGUUCACGACCCCAGUAACUACCUGAAGACUGCCGAUGCCGUCGACUACAUCUGGGACUUCAAGAACGGCAACCAGCUGGUCACCCAUAGCAACGUGGCCACGCAUGCCUACAGCGCGGUCGGCGAAGUUAAUGUGAAGCUGAUGGUGGAGGUGGCGAUCAAGAUCCCGUGCCCCCCGCCAACACCGAUGAGUGUUACUUCGCCACAAACUACAGCGGCUCCUACACCUCCCACUGGCACUCACUCCAUCACUAGCAAAAUGGAAACAACCCAUGGUUAUGUGCCAAUCACCACUGCCAGACCCACAUCCAAGGGCCCCAACACACCUGUUUCCGGGACAACAGGCUUCCAGACGACAGAGCCCCUCCCCUCGACGGUGGCUGAUUUGACCCAGGGGUUCAACCCAACCUCGCUGCUGCCAGCUGUCCCCACCCCUAUGGCCCAGCUCCAUCACAGACACCUGGCGGCCACCGACUGCUUCCGCUACCUCUACGGAACUUUCCAGACCAACAUCACCAUCAUCGAGCACCUAAUCAACAGCCAGCCAGCCAAUCGAAUCGUGGACGUGUCUGCUGCCAAGGUGACCAACACUGACAUCAGCUUCCUGGUCAAGUGCCUGGGCAGCACUCCCACCUCAGCCUGCACCAUCGUGUCGGACCCCUCCUGCCGCCAGGUCAGGAACAUCGUGUGUGACGACGUGCCUCCGUCUUUGGGGUGCGAGGUGCACCUGCGGAGGACCUUCCUGGAGCCGGGGAUCUACUGUGUCAACAUCACCCUGGAGGACGCCAGCAGUAUGGCCCUCGCCACCAUCACCAUCAGCAACACUGACCCUGACACACCCGUGUCUAAAGCUCCUCAUGCUGCAGAGGUUGUCCUCUCCUCCAGUGCUAUCCUGGUAGCCAUCUUUGCCUUCAUAGUCUACAAGCGCUAUAAGGUCUACAGACCUGUGACGAGGUCCCUGGUGGAGGAUGCCAGUGUCCAUGUUGAGAUCGGGGGUCGUAUGGGCCGGCUGAGGGAGAUCAUAUUCCCCACCAACGAGGAGAGUCGCCGCCUGCUGACGGACAGACGCCCCGUGUAGACCCACCGUCGGUACUACAGAAGGGAAGCAGAACGAAAUAAAACAAAUAGAACUUACACUCGUCUGUCAGUUAGGAUAUUGAGUAUCUGUUCUACACCAUACAUUUCUAUCUGAAUGUUCUGUAACGUUACAUAAUCCUGAACAGGCGCAAGCGUUUUUACUUAGAGGUUCUUUAGUAACAAAUUAUACAUUUAGCACAUUUAUAAGUUAGUUUGUCAAAGUAACACUGUUAAAAGGUAAGAUGUGCUGAAAAAUAUGAAAAUAUUAAUAUAUUUUCUGUUUAGUUCACUUUGUAGUAGAAAAGUACAAGUACCGUAAUUUCCGGACUAAGCCGCUACUUUAUUCCCACGCUUUGAACCUCGCGGUUUAUACAAUGACGCGCUAAUUUAUGGAUUUUUCCCGCUUUCACAAGAUUCAUGCCGCCAAAAAACUGAGCACCGUCACAUAAUGUGACGUAAAUCGAGCGAGCUCAAACUUCCCAUCAUUCUGAUUACGGUAGUAAUUUUGUCACCCUCAUCAUGGCAAAGACACGGAGAAAUGCAUAUGAUGCAGCUUUCAAGUUGAAGGCGAUCGAUCUGGCUGUUGGAAAAGGAAAUAGAGCUGCUGCACGGGAGCUUGGCCUUAAUGAGUCGAUGAUAAGACGUUGGAAACAGCAGCGCGAGGAACUGACUCAGUGCAAAAAGACAACAACAGCUUUCAGAGGGAAGAAAAGCAGAUGGCCCAAAGUAUUUGCAGCCACUCGACAUCAGUGUAAAUCGUGCAUUUCAGGUGGCGCUCCUUGUUCAGUGGGAGUCUUGGAUGACAAGUGGGGAGAAAUCCUUCACUAAAACGGGGGCCGCAUGUGAAGAGCAACUUAUGGUGAAGUCUGCCAGUGGGUUCUGACAGCGUGGAGCAUUGUCAAAAAAUCCACUAUCAUCAACGGGUUUCGAAAGGUUGGACUGCUGCGUGUUGAAGGGGCAGCAUGAGCUCAGCGGGGUAUUUGCCUCCGGAUGAAAGUGACGAGAGCGACAAUGAAAACGAUCCAACAUCGGAUGAAGCAAUUCUGAGGCUAUUCAACUCCGACACCGAAGGAGAUGGCUUCAGUGGUUUCAGUGCACAGGAGGAGGAAGAUAGUGACCAAUGACUUUCUUGGUAGGCCACUGUUUAAUUUGUUACAAGCCGUGUUUCGUUUAAAGGCUGUGUAAAGUUCAUUUGUUUCAAUGUACCGGUAGGCACCUGCGGCUUAUAGACAUGUGCGGCUUAUUUAUGUACAAAAUACUUUUUUUAUUUUUAUUCAGUGGGUGCGUUUUAUAUUCGGGUGCGCUUAAUAGUCCAGCAAUUACGGUAUGUGGCAAAUAGCAAGAAUUAAGAAAAGUUUGCAAUAAAGCUCAGUGUUUUGAAGUUGGGGUGGGGCAGUGUUUAAGGCAGUGCUGGGGUGUAUUCAUUCCACCGAUUCUGUUGCAAAACGUUUCUUAAACAGAACGAAACGGGGCUGGACCUACCUGAAUUUGUCCAAUAGACACUUGUUUUGCUCUGUUGGCUUCCAUUUGGUUCUUAAACUGUAAACAGUUUCUGUAAUGAAUACACCCUUGGUGUGAGCGUGAUAGUAAGGUCCUUUCCCAUUUCAAUCCCUAGCUUCUUCCCCUAGUCUUUUCAGAUCUGUGAACUCCAAAGAGAAAUGGGGCUAGGAACUCAAAUGGAACUGGGCCCAAUGGAACUGCUUUGAAGUUGGUUUUGGAAAUCAAAUUUAGUAAAUAUCUUUGCAGACUUUCACAAGCCUAACAAUGUGUUACUUUUAGAAAAUGUUCAAAUAUUAGAUUUAUCAGUGUUUAACUGUACAUCCCACUGCCCAUUCUCUAAUGUGCAUAUCAUUUACAUUUGUUGCACGAAUGUACUGAAUUGUAGUCAUUUAGUUAUUAUAAAAGCCAUAAUUUCAAACCAAUCUAAAAAUGUAAUUUUGUUCUGGAAAGAUUCAAAUGAAGAUUGUGAACUAACCACUGUUUGUGAAUAUACUGGUAAUGUCUGUAGCCUACCGAUCUGCAUGUGUCUUGGGAGUAGGGGGGGUUACAAGUGAUGAAACAAGUAACCAGAUUUAAAUAUAAUUUAAAGUUGGAUUUUUGACACUACUACACU